AUGCAGGUCCUGCUGCUCAUCCUAGGCCUGUUGGUCAGCCCCAUGACUGCCCUCAUCAAAAUUCCACUGCACAAGUUCACCUCCAUCCAGUCAGAGCCUGAACCUUCCCUCUACAUCAUUAAGGCUGUUUUCAUCCUGGAUAAUGAUGGGCGCCGACUGCUGGCCAAGUAUUAUGAUGAUACAUUCCCUUCCACAAAGGAACAGAUGGUCUUCGAGAAAAAUGUCUUCAAUAAGACCAGCCGGACUGACAGUGAGAUUGCAUUUUUCGGGGGCAUGACGAUCGUCUACAAGAGCAGCAUUGACCUCUUCCUGUAUGUGGUGGGCUCAUCCUAUGAGAAUGAGCUGAUGCUCAUGGCUGUUCUCACUUGCCUGUUUGAGUCUCUGAACCACAUGUUUAGGAAGAAUGUGGAGAAGCGCUGGUUGCUGGAGAACAUGGAUGGAGCCUUUCUGGUGCUGGAUGAAAUUGUGGAUGGCGGUGUGAUUCUGGAGAGUGAUCCCCAGCAAGUGGUCCAGAAAGUGAAUUUUCGGGCAGAUGACAGUGGCUUGACUGAACAGAGUGUGGCCCAGGUUCUUCAGUCGGCCAAGGAACAAAUUAAAUGGUCAUUACUGAAAUGA